UGUCUUCUAUCAAGUUGACAAGCUCAUUAUAGAAAUAUAUAGGUAUAUUCUGUCAUAUCUAUUAGAAUAUGCUGAUAUAUCCAUUUUAUUUUUUCUUUUCCUUUUCAAUUUUUACCUUCUUUUGAGCUCCAUCUUUUAUGAACACUUUCCAUAAAUAAUUUAAGGUCAAUACGUGAUGGAUAUUGAAAUAAAUCGAUCCUUUUAUCGAUGUAAAACGGCAUCAGUAUCUAUUAAACACCGCUUUGGACGUCGUGCGGUACUUGUAAGGGAUACCUCGAAGUUUAAAUACCCUCUAGAAAGCCAUGAAAUCAAAUCGCCGUCUCCGCAAGAAAUGGGGCUGCCGAAUAGCCGCAGCGAGGAUGUGGAAAAAUUAGUGAUUUGCGCGGUCGAUGCGCGAGGGCAUUUCGCGGUUGAACAUUGCAACUCCUACAGCAUUUUUGCCUACUGUACUAACCUGGAUGAUGACAAACAAGGCAUAAACAAACCUAUUGCUAAAAUAAAGAAAAAAUGCAAAUGGGUUGAUCACUACCUCAAGGAAAAUGAUCUGAAGGAGGAAAGCUUAGGCCACGGUACUCCUCUUUCUCCCAAUAGCCAUAAACAUUCAACAAGAACUCGUCGUUCAAGUAUUUAUAAUAAUUUCGUCGGGUUAUUUCGCGGUACCUUUGCGAAUACAUCUUUUACCGACGCCGCAAUGGAAUGGAGUCGAUUUUCUACUCAGGAAAAGAAUAAUGUAUCCAUAGAGAAUUUGAUUCUGAAAGUUCGUCAGGAGGGUAGGUAUCAGCUUUCUAAAAGUGAGAUUUGAAUCAACAAAUAAAAAAAGAGAAAGUGAAGGGCGAAGCUGUAGAGUUGUACAAGUGCUUAAUAUAUACGAAGACUAACAGCUAA